AUGUCGGGACACUUAACAGGUGUAGCAAAACAAAUCCAGAACCAGUAUCCAUCUGCCAUAAGCGUCCACUGUCUUGCUCAUUGUAUUAAUCUUAGUGUUCAAGAUGUUACCAAAACAUGUUCCGCAAUACGUGAUUCAAUGGACUUGGUCACUGAAAUUGAAAAACUUAUUUGUCUAUCUCCAAAGAGAAAACAUCUCUUCAUGCAAAAGAAAUUGCAAGAAACAAAUCUUAGUUCACCAAACCUCAGACCAAUUUGUCCAACUCGAUGGACUGUUAGAACAUAUGCUAUAGAAUCUGUAAUACAGAACUACAAAGUUCUACAAGACUUUUUAGAUGACAUACAUACUAAUACAAAUGAUGAAUACUCCAGACGAGCAGGUGGACAACUGGCUAUGAUGGAAAAGUUUUCAACAUAUUUUGGAUUGAAGCUAUCACACUUAAUAUUUGCUGCAUCUGAGCAGUUAUCCAUUUCAAUCAAGGGGAAAAAUACUUCAGCACAGGAUGCUAUCAGGGCAUCAAAAGCCACUGUAUCCUACUUUGAGCGCCAAAGAAAUGACUCUGUGUUUUCUGACUUUUAUGAUGCAGUUUGUGCAGAGACAAAAGACCUGACACACGAACCAUCACUGCCAAGAUAUAGGCGUGCUCCCAAAAGAUUAGAUGAUGGAUCCAAUCCCCAUAGAUAUGAUAAUACCAAGGGUUACUUUAAACAGCAGUUCUUUGAAGCAUUAGAACAAGCUGUAGGUACUCUUGAAAACAGAUUUGAACAAAAGAACAUGACCAUUGUCAAGGAAAUCGAAUCACUUUUGUUAAAUGCAGCAAAUGGAGAGUUUUAUUCUGUGUCUGAAGAAAUUGCCAUGCUUUACAAAGAUGAUAUUUCUUUUCCGAGGCUUGAACAGCAGCUCAAAAUGUUGCCUGAUAUUUUCAAAGUUGACAGUGAAAAUAAAAUCAAAAAAGUUACCUUGAUAGAUACAAUUUGUCAACACAUGAAGGAGCCUAUCACAAAGAAACUUCUGUCAGAAGUUACGAAGCUUGUACAAAUUUAUCUUAGUGUUCCAGUCAAAACUGCCACACCAUGCAGAAAGAUCUUUUUCGUCCUUAAGGAGGAUUAA